AUGUCUAAAGGAUUCAAUCUUAAUUUAAAAAAUUCUAAUGUGAUGACUUUUGAAUAAGAAAAUGAUUUAUUUGCUGGACAAAGCAUAAAAGUAAAGCAUUUCUAUUAUCUAGCUAAAUUUUAAAUUGGGAGAUAAAUAAUUUGAUUUAGAGGUAAAGAUUAUUUUCUCAUAACAAGUUAGUUUAAAGUUGGAUAAGAUGUUGAAUGGGCUAAAAAAUGUGUUGCAGAAAAAUUAGAUUGCGGAAGAAAUGAAUUUGUAAAAUAAUUUAAAUAUAUGUAAAUAGGACUUGAUUUAUGAAGAAAAGGUAAUGCCAGAAUUUUUUUCUUUAAAUGAUAUUCCUAAUUUAAAAGAUCAAUCAUCAGUUUAAAUAAGAAUGAAGAUGUGA